GAUGUCAUUCAAUUGUCACUUCAUUAAUCUCAGUAGAUCGGUUUAUUGAGGUGUAAAAAAUUUAUGGUUCUUAAUUGAUUGUGAUAUAUAUUAUUGGAUAGUGUUUUUAGUUAUUAAUAAUUGUUUUUCUGUAUAUGCAUUGAAAAUAUCUAGAUCCCCAAAAAUGGGGGAUUCAUUGGAAGCAACUGAAACGAGCCACGAAACUCAGAAUGUGGCUUUGGUAGAUUUUACUGCUUUUACGAAUUUCAUUUUGAAAGCAGCAACAGUUCUCUUGCCGGAAGAUGACGGUCAAGCUGAACCGGCUAAUUUGGUAGCAGCUUUAGAUGAUAAGACAAACCAAGAAUGUAUUAGAAAAUUUAUCAGUGAUAGCCAGAUUUCAACUUUAUACAUACAAAGAAACUCUUCCAAAGAUGAUGAUAGUGUGCAACCGCCAGAAGGCGAAGAAGAAAAAGAACCUGUGACAUAUUAUGUCAGUAAUGAAGUACAUUAUUCAAACUCUAAAAUGUCCAGUCUAGUUUGUAUUAAAAGAGGUCCAGUAAUAGAAGCAGACAAAAGUAUUAGAGCACAAGUUAGGCUCAUGAAUUUUAGUGAGGGAUCUCCUUAUGAGAUAUUACAUGAUUAUGUAAGCAGGACAGUGGCACCUUUCUUCAAAUCAUAUGUUAAAGAAUCUGGAAGAGCGGAUCGCGAUGGAGACAAGAUGGCUCCAGCAGUAGAAAAAACAAUUGCUGAACUAGAAAUGGGUUUACUACAUUUACAGCAAAAUAUUGAUAUUCCUGAAAUAACUUUACAAGUGCACCCUUAUGUGGCAAGUCUAAUCAAGCAAUGUGCUGAUGAAGGUAGAAAACCCAAAGUUGCCGACUUUAGUGACAAAGUAGAUGAUUCCAACUUUUUAAAUCAAUUGCAACACGGAGUUAAUAGAUGGAUAAAGGAAAUACAAAAGGUAACUAAACUCGACAGAGAUCCGUCAUCAGGCACAGCUCUUCAAGAAAUAAGCUUCUGGUUAAAUUUAGAAAGAGCUCUUCAUCGCAUUCAAGAAAAACGGGAAAGUAUGGAAGUCGCUCUUACAUUAGACAUUUUGAAACAUGGUAAAAGAUUUCAUGCUACAGUAUCAUUUGAUACCGAUACUGGUCUAAAACAAGCAAUAGCAACGGUGAAUGACUAUAAUCCUUUGAUGAAAGACUUUCCCAUUAAUGAUUUAUUAGCAGCUACAGAGUUAGAAAGAAUUCGAGCUGCUGUACAACUAAUUUUUGCCCACCUUAGAAAAGUGAGAUCAACCAAGUAUCCAAUCCAAAGAUGUUUGAGACUAGUUGAAGCCAUUUCCAGAGAUCUAGGAGCUCAGCUGCUGAAGGUUUUGGGAACCAGGAGAUUAAUGCACAUUCCUUCUGAUGAAUUUGAAAAAGUUAUGACACAGUGCUUUGAAGUGUUUUCAAUUUGGGAAGAUGAAUAUGAAAAGUUGCAAGCUUUAUUGAGAGAUAUAAUGAAAAAGAAGCGCGACGAACAUAUGAAAAUGGUGUGGCGUAUAUCACCUCAGCAUAAGAAGUUGCAGAGUAGGAUGGACCAAAUGCGUAAAUUUCGUAAACAACAUGAACAAUUGCGCACAGUUAUUGUCCGCGUUCUGAGGCCCAGCAUUAAAGAAACUGUUGUGCCUAUGGAGGGCGGGGAUAUUGAAACACCCGAACCUACAUUUUCUCUAGAUGCUGCUGAUGCAAACGCUAUAGAGGAGGUCAAUCUAGCAUACGAAAAUGUGAAAGAAGUGGACUGCUUAGACAUAUCCAAAGAAGGACAAGAUGCUUGGGAUGCAGCUGUUCAAAGAUACGAAGAACGUAUCGACAGAGUUGAAACUAGAAUCACAGCACAUUUGCGUGACCAAUUGGGUACUGCUAAAAAUGCCAACGAGAUGUUCAGGAUUUUCUCUCGUUUUAAUGCUCUCUUUGUUAGACCACAUAUUAGAGGAGCUAUUCGAGAGUAUCAAACUCAUCUUAUACAAAGAGUGAAGGAUGACAUUGAAGCUCUUCAUGAGAAGUUCAAGGUUCAAUAUCCACAAAGCAACAGCGCAAAAAUAAGUAAAGUGAGAGAUUUACCUCCUGUUGCUGGUUCUAUCAUUUGGGCUAAACAAAUAGAUCAUCAACUAACAACAUAUUUAAAACGCGUGGAGGACGUCUUAGGAAAAGGUUGGGAAAACCACAUAGAGGGUCAAAAAUUAAAAGCAGAUGGCGAUAGCUUCCGUCUUAAAUUAAACACACAAGAAAUAUUUGACGAUUGGGCUCGUAAUGUGCAACAGCGAAAUCUAGGAGUUUCUGGAAGAAUCUUCACUAUUGAAGCUGUACGUUCGAGAAGUGGUAGAGGGAAUGUGUUGAAAUUAAAAGUAAAUUUUCUACCAGAAAUUAUAACUUUGGCUAAAGAAGUACGAAAUUUAAAAUGUUUAGGAUUCAGAGUACCAUUAGCUAUUGUUAAUAAAGCUCAUCAGGCAAACCAACUAUACCCAUUCGCUAUAUCACUCAUUGAGAGUGUAAGGACGUAUGAAAUGACUUUAGAGAAGCUAACCAAUAGGACUAAUCCAGCGUGUGGUGUUAAGAUUGAAGAUAAGGCUAGUAUAAUUCCUCUUGUUGCUGGAAUGCGUAAAGAAGUACAACAAGUAAUUGCAGAAGGAAUCCAAUUGGUUUGGGAAAGUUACAAACUAGAUCCCUAUGUUCAACGAUUCUCAGAUUUGGUCGUCAGUUUUCAAGAGAGGGUAGAGGAAUUAGUUUUUGUUGGUGAACAACUGGAAGUUGAUGUACGGUCAUUAGAAACUUGUCCAUAUUCUGCUAACACAUUUGCAGAUAUUUUAUCCAAGAUUCAGCAUGCUGUUGAUGAUUUGUCUUUAAAACAGUAUUCGAACUUACAUAUAUGGGUCUCUAGACUUGAUGAAGAGGUUGAAAAAAAUUUAUCAAGACGACUUCAAGCCGGCAUUGAAGCCUGGACAGACGCUUUAAGUGGACAAAAGAAAGAAAUUGAUCAUAGUAUGGACACAGAUGCUCCAGCUCAACCUACGCAUAAACCAGGUGGGGACCCUCAAAUCCAAACUAUGGUUCAUGAAGUACGAAUCACAAAUCAAACCAUGUAUUUGUAUCCAAGUAUCGAGGAAGCCCGAUUUUUAAUAAUGCAACAAUUAUUUGCAUGGCAAGCUAUCGUUACGUCUCAGCAAAGAUUGCAAAGUAGUAGAUAUCAAGUUGGUGUUGAUAAACCAGUUACUGAAACAUAUAGGAACAUUUUGACUAAGUUGCCAGGUGGAGCGCAUCCACUAAAUAAUGCAUAUAGUGCAAUAGCUUCCAAAAUUAAAGAAGUUCAAAAUUAUGUUAACGAAUGGCUAACUUAUCAAUCACUCUGGGACUUACAAGCUGACAAUCUUUAUGGUAAAUUGGGAGAAGAUAUUAGCAAAUGGAUGGAAUGCCUAAAUGAUAUUAAAAAAACUCGUACUACUUUCGACACCUCAGAUACACGUCGUGAAUUUGGACCAAUUAUCAUUGAUUUUGCGAAAGUGCAAAGCAAAGUCUCGCUUAAGUAUGACUCUUGGCACAAAGACACAUUGGGUAAAUUUGGAAGUCUACUCAGUAACGAAAUGACAACUUUCCAUGCCAACGUUUCAAAAUCACGAUCCGAGCUGGAGUUACAAAGCAUAGAAGCAGCAAGUACUUCAGAUGCUGUCAGUUUUAUAACUUACGUUCAACAGUUGAAACGAAAUAUGAAAGCCUGGGAAAAGCAGGUUGAUAUCUAUAAAGAAGGACAGAGAAUUUUAGAGCGUCAAAGAUUCCAGUUCCCGACCAACUGGUUACAUGUAGAAAAUUUGGAAGGCGAAUGGGGCGCAUUUAACGAAAUCAUUAAACGAAAGGAUUCCAGUAUUCAAACUCAAGUUGCCAGUCUUCAACAGAAAAUUGUAUCUGAAGAUAAAGCUGUGGAAAGUCGUACUAACGAUUUCCUUAAUGAUUGGGAGAAAAGUAAACCAGUUGAAGGCCAUCUUAGACCAGAUGAUGCUCUAUCACAACUACAACUUUUUGAAAGUAAAUUUUCCAGAUUGAAAGAAGAGAGAGAUAAUGUUGCUAAAGCUAAGGAAGCUCUUGAAUUGCAAGAUCCUGGUGGUAUAAGUACCAGUGAGGACAGAAUGCAGGUAGUUUUUGAAGAAUUACAAGAUUUAAGAGGUGUGUGGUCUGAAUUAGCACGAAUAUGGCAACAAAUUGAUGAAACUAGAGAAAAGCCGUGGUUAUCCAUUCAACCAAGAAAAUUGAGACAGCAACUUGAUGCACUAAGUACACAAUUGAAGGAACUACCAGCCAGAUUGAGACAAUACGCUUCAUAUGAAUAUGUAAAGAAAACCCUACAAACCUAUACUAAAGUUAACAUGUUGAUAGUGGAGCUUAAAUCUGAUGCACUUAAAGAAAGACAUUGGAAACAACUUAUGAAACAGUUGAGAGUAAAUUGGGUUCUAUCUGACCUAAAUUUGGGACAAGUAUGGGAUGUGAAUUUGCAGAAAAACGAAGCUAUAGUAAAAGAUAUCAUCUUGGUUGCACAAGGAGAAAUGGCCCUAGAAGAGUUUUUAAAACAAGUGCGUGAAUCUUGGCAAACAUAUGAACUUGACUUGAUUAAUUAUCAGAAUAAAUGUAAACUCAUAAGAGGAUGGGAUGAUCUAUUUAAUAAAGUCAAAGAACACAUCAACUCGGUAGCAGCAAUGAAAUUGUCCCCUUACUACAAAGUUUUUGAAGAAGAAGCUCUGACCUGGGAAGAAAAGUUAAAUCGAAUCAAUGCCCUAUUUGAUGUUUGGAUUGAUGUUCAAAGGAGAUGGGUAUACCUAGAAGGAAUAUUUUCAGGGAGUGCUGAUAUCAAAACUCUAUUACCUGUAGAAACAUCCAGGUUCCAUAGUAUAAGUUCAGAAUUUCUAGGACUGAUGAAAAAAGUCAGCAAAAGUCCUAUGGUUAUGGAUGUAUUGAACAUUCCGGGAGUUCAAAGAGCAUUAGAAAGAUUAGCUGACUUAUUAGGGAAAAUUCAAAAAGCGUUGGGAGAGUACUUGGAAAGAGAACGUACUUCUUUCCCUCGAUUCUAUUUUGUGGGUGAUGAAGACUUAUUGGAGAUAAUAGGUAACAGCAAAAAUAUAGCGAGACUUCAAAAACAUUUCAAAAAAAUGUUUGCUGGUGUUGCUUCUAUCUUAUUAAAUGACAAUAAUACAAUAAUUACUGGUAUUGCUUCAAGAGAGGGAGAAGAAGUGAAUUUCAAUAAUCCUGUUUCUACUGUUGAUCAUCCAAAAAUCAAUGAAUGGCUUACCUUGGUUGAAAAAGAAAUGAGAGUUACUUUAGCUUCUAAUCUAACACAGGCAGUGCAAGAUAUUAAACAGUUCAAAGACGGUAUUGAUCCAAAGACUUAUAUGCAGUGGGUAGAUAAAUACCAAGCACAAAUUGUAGUACUAGCAGCUCAGAUCUUAUGGAGCGAGGAUGUUGAAGCUGCACUUUUAAAAUUGAAUGGUGAACCUCAAAAAGGACCAUUAGAAAAAGUUCUUCAACAAGUUGAAGGUACAUUAAAUGUUCUAGCUGAUUCUGUUCUUCAAGAACAACCUCAGCUAAGAAGAAAAAAAUUAGAACAUCUGAUUAAUGAAUUCGUACACAAAAGAACUGUUACAAGGAGAUUGAUUGCCAAUGGAGUUUGCAGUAAUAAAGCUUUUGAGUGGUUAUGUGAAAUGAGAUUCUAUUUUGAUCCACGCCAGACAGAAGUUCUUAAGCAGUUAACUAUACACAUGGCUAAUGCAAGAUUUUAUUAUGGUUUUGAAUAUUUGGGAGUUCAGGAUCGGCUUGUGCAGACACCUUUGACUGAUAGAUGCUACUUAACAAUGACGCAAGCUUUAGAAGCUAGAUUGGGAGGUUCGCCAUUUGGUCCUGCUGGUACCGGUAAAACAGAAUCGGUCAAAGCCCUUGGCAACCAAUUGGGUCGUUUCGUUCUGGUAUUCAAUUGUGAUGAAACUUUUGACUUCCAGGCAAUGGGAAGAAUAUUCGUUGGUCUUUGCCAAGUAGGUGCUUGGGGUUGUUUUGAUGAAUUUAAUCGUCUUGAAGAAAGAAUGUUAUCAGCCGUUUCCCAACAAAUUCAAACUAUACAAGAGGCACUAAAAUCUCAGAAAGAAGCAGCAGCAGAAGGAACUGCAAUAGGGAGUAUAAGCGUUGAACUUGUUGGAAAACAAGUAAAGGUGUCUCCAGAUAUGGCUAUAUUUAUUACCAUGAAUCCUGGUUAUGCAGGAAGAUCAAAUCUUCCUGACAAUUUGAAGAAAUUGUUCAGAUCAUUAGCCAUGACCACACCAGAUAGGCAACUUAUUGCAGAAGUUAUGUUAUUCUCUCAAGGUUUCAGACAAGCUGAAAAAUUAGCUUGCAAGAUUGUUCCAUUUUUCAGGUUAUGUGAUGAACAAUUAUCCAAUCAGUCUCAUUACGAUUUUGGUCUGAGAGCAUUGAAAUCCGUUCUGAUAUCUGCUGGUAAUGUUAAAAGAGAUAGAAUCCAGCGGAUUAAAGAAGGUAUGACUCAACGAGGAGAGACUGAUAUAGAUGAAGCCAGUAUAGCUGAAAACCUGCCAGAACAAGAAAUUCUAAUACAAUCUGUUUGCGAAACCAUGGUUCCCAAAUUGGUAGCAGAAGAUAUACCACUGUUAUUUAGUUUAUUGAAUGAUGUUUUCCCCAAUGUUCAAUAUACCAGAGCUGAAAUGCAAGGUCUUAAAGAUGAAAUUAGAAAAGUCUGUGCUGAAGAGUAUUUGGUUUGUGGAGAAGGGGAUGAACGUGGAUCUGCUUGGAUGGAAAAGAGAGACACAUGGUUAUCUAAGGUUCUACAACUCUACCAAAUAUCUAAUCUGAAUCAUGGUCUGAUGAUGGUUGGUCCAAGUGGUUCGGGAAAAAGUUCAGCAUGGAGAGUACUUCUUAAAGCAUUGGAAAGAUUCGAGGGCACCGAAGGUGUUGCACAUGUUAUUGAUCCAAAGGCUAUUAGCAAAGAAGCACUUUAUGGUGUUUUAGAUCCAAACACCAGAGAAUGGACUGAUGGUUUAUUCACCCACAUUUUAAGAAAAAUCAUUGAUAAUGUUAGAGGGGAAAUCAACAAGCGUCAAUGGAUCAUUUUUGAUGGUGAUGUAGAUCCUGAAUGGGUAGAAAAUUUGAAUUCAGUAUUGGAUGAUAACAAAUUGCUAACUCUGCCAAAUGGUGAACGUCUUUCUUUACCCCCUAAUGUUAGAGUGAUGUUUGAAGUUCAAGAUUUGAAGUAUGCUACUCUUGCCACAGUAUCCCGUUGUGGUAUGGUGUGGUUCUCAGAAGAUGUAUUAUCUACAGAUAUGAUUUUCGAAAACUACAUCCUUCGUUUGAGAAAUAUCCCACUUGAAGAAAGUGAAGAAACCGGUUUUGGAAAAAAAUCAGAUAAAGAGGAUUUACUUUCUCCCACUCUACAAUUACAAGUUGAUGUCGUGAAUCUAUUACAACCUUAUUUGGCACCUGACGGUCUUGUUGUGCGUUGUUUGGAAUAUGCUAUGGAACAAGAACAUAUUAUGGAUUUCACUCGUCUUAGAGCACUUAGUUCACUCUUUUCCAUGUUAAAUCAAGCCGUAAGAAAUGUUUUACAGUAUAAUCAUAUGCAUCCCGAUUUUCCAUUGUCUAACGAAUCCUUAGAUAAAUAUAUACCAAAAUGUUUGAUAUAUUCUGUUCUUUGGAGUUUUUCCGGUGAUGCAAAACUUAAAAUUCGUUCAGACAUUGGCGAUUUUAUUAGAUCGGUUACAACUGUACCUCUUCCUCCUGAUAAUAACAUGCCUAUUAUCGACUACGAGGUUACAAUCGAAGGAGAAUGGUCACUUUGGUCUAAUAAAGUUCCUCAAAUCGAAGUUGAGACACAUAAAGUAGCAUCGCCUGAUAUUGUUGUACCUACCUUAGACACUGUAAGGCAUGAAUCAUUAUUGUAUACUUGGCUAGCUGAACAUAAACCAUUAGUGCUUUGUGGUCCACCUGGUUCUGGUAAGACAAUGACAUUAUUCUCAGCUUUGAGGGCUCUACCCGAUAUGGAAGUUGUUGGAUUGAAUUUCUCCUCAGCUACUACACCUGAACUAUUAUUGAAAACUUUUGAUCAUUACUGUGAAUAUAGAAAAACUCCUAAUGGUGUAGUUUUGUCCCCAAUUCAGUUGGGCAAAUGGUUGGUCCUUUUCUGUGACGAAAUAAAUUUACCUGAUAUGGACAAUUAUGGAACCCAACGUGUGAUAAUGUUUUUACGUCAAAUAGUAGAACAAAAAGGUUUUUACCGCGCCUCAGAUCAAACAUGGGUAUCUUUAGAACGUAUUCAAUUUGUUGGUGCGUGUAAUCCGCCUACAGAUCCUGGUAGAAAACCUCUUUCUCACAGGUUCCUGCGGCACGUCCCCGUCAUAUAUGUUGAUUAUCCAGGAGAGACAUCUCUAAAACAAAUCUAUGGUACUUUCACUAGAGCAAUGUUGCGACUGGCGCCAGGUUUGAAAGGUUAUGCUGAACCCUUAACCAACGCUAUGGUAGAAUUCUACCUAGCAUCUCAAGAUAGAUUUACACAAGACAUGCAGCCUCAUUAUGUGUAUUCUCCAAGAGAAAUGACACGAUGGGUACGAGGAAUAUGUGAAGCCAUUAGACCUUUGGAUAAUCUUUCUGUGGAAGGUUUGGUGAGGCUUUGGGCACAUGAAGCGCUUCGUCUGUUCCAAGAUAGAUUGGUAGAAGAUUCAGAGAGACGAUGGACUAAUGAAAAUAUUGAUGCAGUAGCACUUAAACAUUUCCCAUCGGCUAAUUGCGAAAAAGCUCUCGAAAGACCAAUUCUUUACAGUAACUGGUUAUCUAAAGACUACGUACCUGUUGGCAGAGAGCAAUUGAGGGAUUAUGUUAAAGCAAGACUAAAGGUAUUCUAUGAAGAAGAACUUGAUGUUCCUUUGGUGUUAUUUGAUGAAGUAUUAGAUCAUGUGUUAAGGAUCGAUAGAAUUUUCAGACAACCUCAAGGACAUUUAUUGCUAAUUGGUGUUUCUGGAGCAGGAAAAACAACACUUUCUAGAUUUGUAGCUUGGAUGAAUGGCCUGUCUAUUUUCCAAAUUAAGGUUCAUAAUAAAUAUACUGCUGAGGAUUUUGAUGAAGAUUUGAGAUCUGUAUUAAGAAGAAGUGGCUGCAAACAUGAAAAAAUCGCGUUUAUUCUGGAUGAAUCUAAUAUGUUGGAUUCAAGCUUCUUAGAAAGAAUGAACACACUUUUAGCAAAUGGGGAAGUUCCUGGAUUAUUUGAAGGAGAUGAAUACACUACUUUAAUGACCCAAUGUAAAGAGGGAGCUCAAAGAGAAGGUCUAAUGUUAGAUUCCAAUGAUGAACUAUACAAAUGGUUUACCCAACAAGUAAUGCGUAACUUACAUGUUGUUUUCACAAUGAAUCCAUCCACUGAUGGACUCAAAGAUCGAGCAGCCACAUCUCCAGCUCUAUUUAACAGAUGUGUAUUGAAUUGGUUUGGUGAUUGGUCAGAUGGAGCUCUGUAUCAGGUUGGUAAAGAAUUUACAAAUCGUCUUGAUCUCGAUAAACAAUCGUGGAAAUGUCCAGAUUUCUUCCCAGCAGCUUGUAAUAAUAUACCUGCUUCACCAACUCAUAGGCAAGCUGUUAUAAACGCAUGUGUUUAUGUCCAUCAAACACUCCAUAAAGCAAACGGAAGAUUAAUAAAACGAGGAAGCCGUACAAUGGCGAUUACUCCAAGACACUACUUAGACUUUAUCCACCAUCUUGUUAAAUUGUAUAAUGAAAAACGAUCGGAUUUGGAAGAACAACAGUUACAUUUGAAUGUUGGUUUGAACAAAAUUGCUGAAACUGUAGAACAGGUAGAAGAAAUGCAAAAAAGUUUGGCUGUAAAAUCGCAAGAGUUGCAAGCCAAGAACGAAGCUGCAAAUGCUAAACUUAAACAGAUGGUAAAGGAUCAACAAGAAGCUGAAAAGAAAAAAGUACAAAGUCAAGAAAUCCAGCAACAAUUGGCAGAACAAACAAUACAUAUUCAACAAAAGAGGUCAGAAGUAAUGGCUGAUUUAGAACAAGUCGAACCUGCUGUCAUUGAAGCACAGCUGGCUGUAAAAUCAAUUAAGAAACAACAAUUAGUGGAAAUUCGUACAAUGGCAAAUCCUCCUGCUCUUGUAAAAUUAGCUUUAGAAUCUAUUUGUCUACUUCUUGGCGAAAAUGCUAGUGAUUGGAAAUCUAUUCGUGCUGUAAUAAUGAGAGACAACUUUAUCAAUACUGUAGUCAACAAUUUUAAUACAGAAGACAUUAGUGAUGAUGUUAGAGAAAAAAUGAAGAGUCGUUACCUCAGUAAUCCAGACUACAACAUAGAUAAAAUCUAUCAUGCCAGUAACGCUUGUGGACCUCUUGUAAAAUGGGCAUGUGCGCAAGUUCAAUACGCAGACAUGUUGAAAAAAGUCGAACCUUUACGUGAAGAAUUAAGAUCCCUCGAACAACAAGCUGAAACCAAUCAGAAACGAGGCGAAGAUGUUAAAGCUCUUAUUAGUCAAUUAGAACAAAGUAUCGCUGCUUAUAAAGAAGAGUAUGCACAACUAAUUGCCCAAGCACAAGCUAUUAAAACAGAUUUAGAAAAUGUGCAAGCUAAAGUUGAUAGGUCCAUUGCUCUUCUUAAAUCUCUUGUAAUUGAAAGAGAAAGAUGGGAAGCCAGUAGUGAAACAUUCAGAUCGCAAAUGUCUACCAUUAUUGGUGAUGUUUUACUUUCAGCUGCUUUUAUUGCAUACGGUGGUUACUUUGAUCAGCACUACCGUCAAAAUUUAUUCAGUACUUGGUGUCAACAUCUAACACAAGCCUGUAUUCAGUAUAGAGCUGAUAUAGCAAGAACUGAAUAUCUUUCUAAUCCUGAUGAAAGACUUAGAUGGCAAGCCAAUGCACUACCCACUGAUGAUUUAUGUACUGAAAAUGCUAUAAUGUUGAAGAGAUUCAAUAGGUAUCCUCUUAUUAUUGAUCCCUCUGGACAAGCUACUGAGUUUAUUAUGAAUGAAUUUAAAGAUAAGAAGAUCACUAAAACUAGCUUCUUGGAUGAUUCAUUUAGAAAGAAUUUAGAAUCGGCGUUAAGAUUUGGUAAUCCAUUACUAGUCCAAGACGUCGAAAAUUAUGAUGCUAUUCUCAAUCCUGUACUUAAUAGAGAAUUAAGGAGGACGGGAGGACGUGUUUUAAUUACUCUAGGUGAUCAAGAUAUAGAUUUAUCCCCUUCUUUUGUUAUUUUCCUUUCAACAAGAGAUCCUACCGUCGAAUUUCCUCCGGAUAUAUGUUCGCGAGUGACUUUCGUGAACUUUACAGUCACCAGAAGCUCUCUACAAAGUCAGUGCUUGAACCAAGUACUUAAAGCUGAAAGACCAGACAUUGAUGCUAAGCGUUCAGAUUUAUUGAAACUCCAAGGCGAAUUCCAUUUACGAUUAAGGCAAUUAGAAAAGUCUCUCUUACAAGCUUUGAAUGACGCAAAAGGAAAAAUUUUGGAUGAUGAUAGUGUUAUUACUACUUUAGAAACUCUCAAACAAGAAGCUGCUGAAAUUGGUCAGAAAGUAGAAGAAACUGAUAAAGUUAUUUCAGAGAUUGAAGCUGUUUCUCAACAAUACCUUCCUUUGUCACAAGCCUGUAGUAAUACCUACUUUACUAUGGAUAGUCUUAAUCAAGUUCACUUUUUGUAUCAAUACUCGCUUAAAAUGUUUUUGGAUGUUUUUGCUACUGUACUACAUAAUAACAUUCAACUUGAUGGAAUCAGUGAUUAUCAAGCUAGGCUUAAUGUCAUCACUUCAAACCUAUAUUCUGUUGUCUAUGAACGAGUAGCAAGAGGUAUGCUCCAUAAUGAUCGUCUUACUUUUGCCAUCUUAUUAUGUAGAAUCCACUUAAAAGGACAGACAUCGGAACCCAAUCUAGAUCAAGAAUUUAAUUUCUUCCUUAGAGGAAAAGAAGGGGUAUUCCAUAGUUCCGGCUCCUCUUUGGUUGAUGGUUUAAAUAGCGACCAAUUAGAAGCAGUUAGUAGAUUGACAAUGAAACUACCGGCAUUUAAGAAAUUGCAAGAUCAAAUUCAGGAAAUGCCUGAGUUUGGAGCAUGGUUGCAACAAAGUAGCCCCGAACAAGCUGUUCCACAAUUGUGGAUUGAGGAAAAGCAACUUAGUGCAGUAGGUCGAGCAAUGUAUCAACUUUUGAUUAUUCAAGCGUUCAGACCUGAUCGGGUUAUUGCUGCUGCUCACAACUUUGUAUCAGUCGUUUUGGGAGAGAAUUUCAUGUAUCUGGCCGAAAAAGAGUUGGAUUUCGCAACUUGUGUCGAAAAAGAGAUUAGGUCCAAUGUUCCGGCCCUUCUUUGUUCAGUUCCAGGUUUUGACGCUUCUGGAAGAGUCGAUGAUCUUGCAGCAGAACUUAACAAACAGAUUUCUAGUAUUGCUAUUGGUUCAGCUGAAGGUUUUAAUCAAGCCGAUAGAGCAAUAAAUAUGGCUUGCAAAACUGGAAGAUGGGUCAUGCUCAAGAAUGUUCAUUUGGCACCUCAAUGGCUUGUUCAGUUGGAAAAGAAGCUCCAUUCUCUACAGCCUCAUGCAAACUUCCGUCUAUUUCUUACAAUGGAAAUAAAUCCUAAACUUCCAGUUAAUUUAUUAAGAGCUGGAAGAAUAUUUGUAUUUGAACCUCCACCAGGAAUUAGAGCUAACUUAUUAAGAACAUUUAGUACUGUACCAGCAAGCAGAAUGAUGAAAGCGCCUAAUGAGAGAGCCAGACUCUAUUUCUUGUUAGCUUGGUUCCAUGCAAUUGUUCAAGAAAGGUUAAGGUAUUGCCCUCUGGGAUGGGCAAAACAUUAUGAAUUUAGUGAAUCAGAUUUAAGAGUUGCCUGUGAUACUUUAGAUACUUGGAUAGAUGCAACAGCUAUGGGAAGAACCAAUUUACCACCCGAAAAAGUUCCGUGGGAUGCUUUAAUCACAUUACUUUCUCAAUCUAUUUAUGGUGGUAAAAUCGAUAAUGAUUUUGAUCAAAGACUUUUACAUUCCUUCUUAAAUAAAUUGUUUACUCCUAAGAGCUUUGAAAGUGAUUUUGCACUUGUGGCUAAUAUUGAUAAUGGACCAGGCGGAAAUAGACAUAUUACAAUGCCAGAUGGUACUAGAAGAGACCAUUUCUUGAAAUGGAUUGAGAGUUUUGCUGAUAGACAGACACCAGCUUGGUUGGGACUGCCCAACAAUGCAGAGAAGGUUUUGUUAACCACUAGAGGUACAGAUCUUAUUGCUAAACUACUUAAGAUGCAACAACUAGAAGAUGACGAUGAAUUAGCUUACUCAAUAGAUGAUAGUUCACCAACUGAUCAUGCACAGAUCGAUGGUAGACCAUCUUGGAUGAAGACUCUUCAUAACAGCGCUCAUACAUGGGUUAAACUAUUACCUACUUCUCUACAGACUUUGAGACGUACCGUUGAAAAUAUCAAAGACCCUCUUUAUAGAUAUUUUGAAAGAGAAGUUAAUUCUGCUUCGAAGCUCCUCACUGAUGUUUUACAUGACCUUAAUGAUGUAUUAUUGAUAUGUCAGGGGGAGAAGAAACAAACUAACUAUCAUCGUCUGAUGCUAGCCGAAUUGGUUAGAGGUAUAAUUCCAAAAAAUUGGCACAGGUAUACAGUACCAAAAGGUUGUAUGGUUAUGCAAUGGAUUACCGAUUUUAGUCAAAGAAUUAAACAGCUGCAAAAAGUGUCCAAACUAGUUUCGUCUGCUGGUGCUAAAGAAUUACAGAGUUUUCCCGUAUGGUUAGGAGGUCUAUUAAACCCGGAAGCUUAUAUAACAGCUACAAGACAAUGUGUUGCUCAGGCAAACAGCUGGCCAUUGGAAGAACUUCACUUGGAUGUUACAAUAACCGAUUCUAAUGAUAAGGAAUCUAUUCCUCACGAUUGUUUUGCUGUCGUUGGAAUUAAAUUACAAGGGGCUCAGUGUCGAAAUAAUCAGUUACUAUUAACUUCGAGCAUUAUGAUCGAACUACCUAUCACUCUUUUCCGAUGGGUAAGGGUGACUGGUGAUGAAAAACUCAAAGAAGACAAAUUAUCUUUACCAUUGUAUCUAAACUCGACAAGAACCGAGCUUUUGUAUACAGUAGAACUUAAUAUCGCAGCUGGUCAAGACCCUCACAGCUUCUACGAACGAGGCGUUGCUUUGCUUACAUCCACAGCUUUGAAUUAGAAUUGAAAUGUUGCUAUAUAUUCUAGCUUAAAAUAUUAACCACUUUAUUUAUUUGUUUACUAUAUUUAAAAUGUAGUUGAAUUUUACUUUUUAUUAAUAAACUUUAAGAAUUG